AUUCAAACGGGAUGCGGUUGGAAAGGCUUCCACAAUUGCUGGCGCUGGCGCCAUAUUUAAAAAUCCUUCCGUUAUUCUUCUUUGACAUAUUGUUGAAGUAGUACGGCGAGUGCGGUGUUCACGGCCAUUUUCCACAAUCAUUCACAAACCGAGCCCUCCGUGCCAACCCCCCUUUGGACCAGGCUUCUUCGGUUUCGAAGGUCACAGACAGAAAAUUCGUAAUAACAGCGUGUAAAUGUACAUAGCUACAUUUCUGGACAUAAAUCUGCUUCUGGACAUAUCUUGCAUAAAACAGAGCCACUUACUUCUCGUCGACGAUGUCGUUUGAGCUGAAAGAAAAGGGCAAUAAGCUCUUCAAAGAAGGUGAUUAUAGCGGUGCAGAGGAGCUGUAUUCCCAAGCAAUCCAGAAAAAUCCUCGCGAACCGACUUUCUUCACAAACCGUGCUCUUACUCGCAUGAGACUAGCAAAAUGGGCAGGCGUGGAACAGGAUGCGCGCGCUGCAAUCGAUCUGUACGCACCUAAGAAUCCAGCCAGUUUGAAGAGUCAUUACUACCUUUCACAAGCUCUAUUGAAUCUCGGGCACCCGCAAGAGGCGCAUGACACUGCAAUUGGUGCAUAUCAAAUGAGUCUGGCGACAAAGAGUCCGCAGACGGAGAAUUUAUCCAAGACCAUUCUACGCGCGAAACAGCAGAUAUGGGCUGCCAAGGAGACUGCGAGGCUUCGCGAGAUGGACGAUACACUGGCUACGACGGAGCGCUUGGUUGAGGAGGAUCUGGAAAAGGCAUUGAAUGAGCUCCAAUGCAAGCUAGAUGAGGGACAGAUCGGACAGAUAGGGUUUUUGGAAGACCAGAAAGCUCUUCGUGAAGAUGCGGAGAAGCAUAUUCAUAACUUACGAGAAGCCUUUAAGGUUGCCUCCAAGGGGGAGAUCCAAGAAAGGGCAGUGCCGGAUUAUGUUGUCGAUGGAAUCACCUUUGAGAUCAUGCAUGACCCUGUCAUCACGCCUUCUGGCACCAGCUUCGAUCGCAUCGGGAUUGUCAAAUACAUUGAACAGUCGGGAGUGGACCCCAUCACUCGGGUCCCCAUGUCUGUUAAGGAUCUCCGUCCGAAUUACGCCCUCAAGGCCGUGUGUGAGGACUUUCUCGACAAGAAUGGAUGGGCCGUCGACUGGUGAUCAAAGUGCCCAGCAAGCGUUAAUCUGUAUAGUCUUUUCCUUCCUAUUUUACAAGUCCAGUUCUCUCGUGUCCUAGCCACAUUUCCGCCUCAUGGUCUUAUUCAUUUCUCCCACUUCAUGUAUUUUUUAUUAAUUGUUUGUUGGAGGAAAUAAUACCCGUGAUCAAACGUUUUGCUCUAUUCCAUGUUGGACUGUGGCCGGUAGUUGUUCGGUUAAGCUGACGACGUUUUUUUUUUUUUUUUCUUGAUCAAUUAUUUUGAAAAUCAUGCCUAUGCGACCUUUCAUAAUACUACAUAAGGGACACUGUCAAUCUUCUGCUUUUCCCUGGAAUGGAUAUGUUGGGGAACAGAGUGAUCGAUCCUCAACGAACCGAACUGAUUUUCUCGAUGCAUCCGAGGCCUUCCCUU